UUGUAUUCGAUACCGAUAAAACACUGUCGCCGAAAAUUCUUCAGCUCUUUCACGUCUAUUAUAAUCAGUGAAGGAUAGAGGAUUCGAGAUAUAGUAGUGACGUUGAGAGCGAGUUCGAAUAGGGGUUGUCUGCAGUGUAGUAAGGGUGCGUUGGGAAGGCUUCACUCGCGCCCAGACCGCCGGCCGAUAUGGGCGUUUCGAGACACGGGAGCACCGCGGUCCCGGCCGAGCUCGAGCUCGCGCGAGCGCGUCGACCCCACCUGUUGAUCGUCGACGACUCGAGGGAAACGCGUGCUAGCGAAGUUGCGUGGCAACCAGAGAGCCUCGAGGAUCUGUCAGGUCUCCGCAGCAGCUCGGUGGACUACGCCGCCGCGCUACUCCUGGCUGUCAUGGCGGCCGUGUUGCUGGCCGCCGUCGGAUACCACUGCGCCGCCACGUGGCGAUGGAUCGUGGGGAGGUGUGUACGAAGCCGUCGCGCGUCCGAAGAGAGCAACUGCGAUUCCCUAUCUCGCCAAGCCGCUAUACGAAUCAGCCACUCCCUGCCAGAUCUACAGACCGAGCCCCUCAAGCAGGAGUAUGUGCAGGAGCAUAAGGAUCCGGCUAAUAAGAAGGUUCUACGACAAACGACGCUCCCGAUUGUUCCGACGCGUCUCCAGACCUUCCAGCGGCAGCUCUCCUACCGGCUGGACCUGCCUUCAAUCCAGUUCAGCAUCUGCAGCUUAGAGCGAGCUGAUUCAUCUAUUGGACUCAUCAAGCCCGAGCUGUACAAGAACGAGCUUGUUCGUCAGUCGUCCACCGACAGUGCUGAAUUGGAAUUCUGCGGCAAACUUCACUUCGCGCUGCGAUAUGACCAAGAGGUUGAGGCGCUUGUUGGCAAGAUCUUCGAGGCUCGCGACCUGCCAAUCAAGGAUGUGACCGGCAGCAGCGACCCCUACAUCAAGGUGUUCCUGCUGCCAGACCGCAAGAAGAAGUUCCAGACCAAAGUGCAUCGCAAGAACUUGAAUCCGGUGUUUAAUGAAACCUUCUUGUUUAGUGUUCCAUACGAGGAGCUUCGUCAGCGCUAUCUGCAGUUCUCCGUGUAUGACUUCGACCGGUUCUCGAGGCACGACCUCAUCGGCCACGUGGUCCUCAAGGGUCUACUGGAGUCGGCAGAUCUGCAUCAGGAGAUUGAGUAUACCAUGAACAUACUCGCUGCGCCACAGGAGAAGAAAGACCUCGGCGAGUUGAUGCUGUCGCUCUGCUACUUGCCGACAGCCGGUCGGCUGACGGUUACCGUCAUCAAGGGAAGAAAUCUUAAGGCCAUGGACAUCAGCGGGUCAUCAGACCCAUACGUGAAAAUCUGCCUCAUCUGUCAAGGCAAGAGGAUAAAGAAGAAGAAAACCACAGUCAAGAAGAAUACACUGAACCCUGUUUACAACGAGGCUUUGGUCUUCGAUCUGCCUUCGGAGAACGUCUUUGAUAUCACGCUGUUGGUUAAAGUGAUUGAUUAUGACAGGAUUGGUUCCAACGAGCUAAUAGGCUGCACGGCCAUCGGCGCUGCCCUUAUCGGCACGGGUCGCGAGCAUUGGCUUGAGAUGCUGGACAACCCUCGGAAACCGGUGGCUCAGUGGUACCCGCUCAACAAGAGUCCGCCCUCUAACAUCGCGCUACCUACCAAUGACCAUUCGAAUGGCCUGAGUUGCUUAAAUGGAAGGUAGGCU